ACUGUUCGCGCCGCGACGCUUAUACUGUAAUAGCAAAUAUCAAGCUGAAUGGCAAAUGGCGUUAGUUCGAAAUAACGAAGUUUUUUACGAAGAUCGGGAAGAUGAUGUUAUUUCAGAAAAUACGUGGGUAAAGAUAAAUAAUUCUAGAAUAAAAGAUGGGUUUAGAGAUGGAAUGGAAGAAGGCCAGAAGAAGACGUUGCAAGAUGGUUUUAAUAAUGGAUAUGAGCACGGAUAUGGAGUGAUGUUUGCUAUUUCUGAGUAUCGGGGAAUCUUACAAGGUUUGAGGUACUUUCUGAGUAGAAAUCAGAGACCCCAAGCAGAGAUUUUGAAAGCAACAAUACUGAAAGUGAAAGAAUUGGAAAAGCAAAUAUUACACGAGUUUCAAAGUGCUUUUGCUAUUCCAGUGAAGCACAUGGAUCAUUUAAACAAAGAACUUCCAAAAACAAGCAGCAGAAAAGCUGGAGAAGAUAUAACUCAAUCUUCCCCUGUUGCAAGGAAAACAGAUGAUACAGAUCAUUCUCUACUCUACCUCAGUGAAGAGACUAAACCAUUUUUAUCACCACAAUAUGAGAGAAAGUUUUGUUUACAGAAAAGUCUGGUUGAUGACAUCAGCAGGAUGAUGACUGAAAUAGCAACUUUAUUGGAAGAAUUAGGUUUUGCAGAUUUAAUUAAGAAGUAACACUACAUUAAAAAGCUAUAUAUGUGUUAAAAAGAAGCACUGAAUCUUAUCUCCAAUAUUUAUUCUUAAGGUAAGAAUGGUCUCUCGUGGAUAAGUAACAUUUCAUAAUAGUAUGAAAUAUAAUUGUUUAAUGGUUUAUGCAUGUUUUUGUUUCCUCAAAUAUCUCAGAUAAUUUUCCACAAACUUUAUCCAUUUUAACAUUCACCUUUCUGCAUAUUUAAAAUCUACUUCUUAAAAAUGUGUUAUACCAAUAUUUGGUUUUACAACUAGUGUAAUACUUAAAAACACACAAUGAUGUUAUAGCAGAAGUAAAAGUUUUCACCAGUAAUUAAUAUAGUUUCUAUUACCACUUUUUUAAAGGAUUUUGGUGAGCUUAUCUUCAGUUAUUACUUUAACAAUUUUAAUAUUUCCACUAAUUUUGUUGUUUUUUGGUGUCUGAAUAAGGUUGAAGUGAUUCUGUCUGUAAUGUAUUAGAUGAUGAUAAUGAGAAUUAUUCAAGUUCAUUUAUCUAAUAAAGAAAACUGACAAUUUUACAAGAAA